AUGUCCCAAAUAACGAAUCCUAAGAAAUGGACUACGGAUGAACUUCUUGAACUUCUCUCUUAUAUCGAAAGUCACCAAUUCGAUUCAUUGUCAGAGGCAUGUAGAAAAGCAAUAAAUCAUUUAAAUAUUGAUAGAACUCAUAAGAGCGCUUAUUCAAAAAUGAAAAGAUUAAUUCACGCAAUAAAGUUAUGGUUGAAUGAUCAUAUACAAAAUGGGGAAGCGAUCAUUUGGCAAGAUGAUAGAGUGUAUAAGUUAUUGGAAAAAAUUUAUGAGACACAGGAAUCUAACAAAAAUAAUAACAAGUUUGUUAAAGUAUCAUCUGAAAAUCAAGAACAAGAAUUACAGCGAGGUUAUCAAAUUGAAAGUACUGGUGAAACUAAUAGUGUGAGCGAAGAGCAAGACCUUACAGAUAAUUUCAGUGAUUCAAUUGUGGAUGGAGAUUAUUAUACUGAUCAUCUUGACUUAUACAGGAAAAUUAAAGAACAAUUGCCUCUUUUUCACCUUCCAUUAAAGAUCUUGAGUGAUAGAAUCUAUGAAGCAGAAAAAGAAGCAAGAGAAGUUUAUGAAACGACUACUGCUGAAAACGUAGAUAUGAAAUAUCAUCAAAUUUGUCAAAUAAUCAAACAAAUUCAAGAGUAUCGAGAUGAAGUGUGUGAUUUGUUUGAGGAAUUCGAAAAAAAGAUCAACGAAAGAUCGUUAUUAUUAAAUGAAUCUUUUUGA